GUACGGUACCUCACCUUAUCCCAUCCCAUCCCUAUCGUUUUUUCUCCGUCCCUAGCAAUAGCACUCCCCUUUAUAAACUGGCCGUCCGCCCUUUUCCCCGGAUUGUUCUUUUCCUAUAUCUUACCUACCUUAUCUAUCCUACCUGGAUAACUAUCUGAAAAGCUUAAACCAAUCUUUCGUUGCCUUACCCUUGACCGUGGCUGCUUUGCAUACGCGCGAGAUCUUUCAGUUGUUUUCACCAGGACACUUCUCAUCCUAACAACAGCAGCCACUAGCCAGUAUCCCGGCUGCUGAGAUAACCCUGCCGUGGCGACCUCGAAACCUCAAGUCGGGGCAGAGAAUUCGAGAAAGAAAAGAGACAAGAGAAAAGAGAAUAAACAUUGCUAUCAGUAUACGCUUGAGCCUAAGGAUACGAUAUCCUGACCUGACGUGUAUCACAAAGUCUACUGGGGCCAGCUCCAUCGCAUAUCUUCAGUUUACGCAAGCUGCUUUGUUUCUAUUCUGAAACCAUACUCUGUUUCUUGUCUUCUAAGCGAAAAAGAAACAUGCCUGGUCAACACUCGCCCUCAAUCCAGGGCGCGCCUCGCAGCAUGAGAGUCGUCACUUCGCAAGACCUCCUCUAUACUAGUAUCACUGCUACUCUUUCCACCAAAACGAACCGCCCCUCAACUCCAGUCCACCAUAUCCAAGAGGAUGACUAUACCGUACCUGCUCCUCCCCCACCCAGUCCUGUUAGCUUUAGGCCUGAACACUGGACCUCGUCUGGCCGCCGUUGAGCUGCAAGCCCUUUAGCUGCCCGGGGAAACUUAAAUGGCUCUGGCGAAGCCUCGCGACCCAUGCAACCCGUUCAUACUUGGAAAUGGACAAGAAAACCUUUUUCUGUUUUACCUUGGAGGAAUGUUUUAUUGCUUUGCUAUUUGUUCUGCUGGGUUAUCACGAUAUCAUAUUAGUGCGCUCCGGAGUCUUGGUACAGAUCGAAUAAUUGGAGUAUGAAGUGUUAAUUUUUUUAUGCAAACUAUCAUGAGGACUUUGUUUUUUGGACAAUGGCGCGUUUUAUUUGAUCCAAGGAGUAAGCAACACUUUACAGCUAGGUGUCGUUCUUCAUGUCUCUUUUCAGAGAAUCAGUCAUGUAUAGCUCUCACGUGGUUUUUCACAGAGAUAUUGUUAAAUGAGGCUGGAGAGCUAAUGAUUACUGCAGCUCUUGUAUUAUAUGAACACAAGGUGUCGAGAGAUAGAAAUGCAAUCAUGUGUACCCAAGGGAUA